CUCUCACUCUCACUCGGAGGAGGAGAUGCCAGACAUUGCCCUUAACACGCUCGCGGAAUAACUGUCGCGCGGGAAACAAAGGCUUGGCUGCUGUUAAAUCAAGAGUCGCGCGCUCCAUCCUGAAGCCAUGUGAGAGAUCUGCUGCUGCAAAGGGACGCCAGAACACAUUGACCGUCGGGUUGAGCGCCGCUCCCCGGAAAACAGAGAGCACACGUCCCCGCCAAGAGCCGUAUUUGCAACCCGAGAGAAUAACCGAAUUAGUGCCCAUCAUAGUAGUAGCCCAGUCAUAUUGAUCGCCUGUAUCGUUUACGCCUCCGAGCGGGGGUUCGUUUUUUUCUGAGCGGACGCGAGAGAAACAUUCGCUAUCAAAAGGGAACGGUCUGGCCGCUGAGAUGUCGGAAGCUUUGUCACAGCAAGAGAGACUUCGAGCCAUUGCUGAGAAGAGAAAGAGGGAGGCUGAGAUUGAGAACAAAAGAAGACUACUUGAGGAUGACCGCAGACAACUCCAGCAUCUCAAGUCAAAGGCAUUGAGAGAGCGAUGGCUGUUGGACGGAGCGCCAUCCAGUGGAGAGGAUGAGGCACAGAAACAACUACAAGAGGAUGAAGCCAAGACCAAACUACUGGAGCAGACCAUCCUCAGACUAGAACAGGAGAUUGAUGAGCUUGAGAGUGGAGAGCCUUUGAAUAAAGGAGAAAAUGCACCUGAUGGUCCAGUGAAGGCAGUUGAGAAUGGCAUACAGCAGCCCAGCCCUAACGCAGAUCAAAAUAGCAAGAAACAGAUCACAGGCAUUGAGGCCAAACUGCAGUGCACCAACCCUGAUGUAGCCAUUGAGAAUGCCAGCGCAGAGCAUCCCGUCACCAUGGUGUUCAUGGGCUACAAGAAUGUAGAGGAUGAGGCUGAGACCAAGAAGGCACUGGGCAUAGAGGAGACAGUGAAAGCUGAAUUUGUGGUCAUUGAGGACGGCGAGAGCAAAGCUGGAAACGAAGGGGCCAAAGAGGACCAGGCCCCACCUAACGGCAGCGCCUCUAGUCCCGACAAAGCUCAGGAUGAAGCCAAGAAGGAGGAAUCGAAAGAAGGCAAUUCGAAAGAAAAGCAGCCGUGCAAGUGCUGCACAGUCAUGUGAGUGCGACCGCUCACCCUGAAGUUUAGACUCUGACCCCCUGACCAUAACACAACAAUGAAUAAGUAUACCUCGUAUACUUAUAAUUAUCUUUUGUUGUCUAGUAUGUAUUUCUUUUUUAUUUCUAUUAAUAUUUUUCUAUAUUUCUGUCUUGACAUGUAUAUAUCUAUAUAUACAUAUAUUUUCAUUAUGUAAUCUUAUGAAGUCCAGUAUUUUGCUUGUUGAAGAACAGAAAAAUGAGGACCACAACAGAUUCCACUUUAGACAACAACACGGUUAAAAGAAAAUUUUUGUGGCCCUCAUCUUUAUUUUGUUUUAAGAAAAUAAGAUGAACGUCUCAAUAUAUAUGAACUAGUUAUUUAUCUCCAGUAUACAUUUGUGUUUCUAAGAUAUUACUUUAUAACUGAGAAGAAAUGACUAUAUUGAUAUUACAAUGUUAUGCUUUUAAUAUAUAUUUUGAGCCUUUUGUUCUGUAAAAAAUUUUUUUUUUUUUGCCAAAUCAUCUCAGACCACUGUGAACACUGGUACAUGGAGUGUCGUCUUUGUCCACAAUCAUACAUUCUGCAUUACACCUCAUAGUAGGCCAAUAUGUUUGUAAAUAUGAUGCAAUUAUUUAUGACUGUUCAUGCUAUGAUAGAAUACAUGUAAUCAUGUUUUAUUAAAAUAGGCUGCUGUAGUUACCCCAGAUCCCAAUUAUAACCACAGCAGAUAUCUGUUUUAACAGUACAUCACUUUUUACAAGAUAACCCAUUUUAAACCCUUUUAAAUCUCUUUUUAACAUGAAUGAUAACAUUGUUAGAUAUAAUUGUAAUCAAUAUUAAUUCUUUAAAAAUGUAGUAACAUUGCAAUGCCUCAUAUUACAUGUAGCCCUUAUUAUUAAAAAGCAUUCUCACAGUAUGCAAAAUAUAUCUUUAUAUAAUUUGAAAAAAAAAAAAAGAAUUGUGUGAAAUUGAGGGUUUUUGGUGUUAAUUGGGUUGCUGUAAGAAAACGAGUUCAACAUCCAUGUUUCAAUGUUCAGGCAGUUCAUUCACAAUGAUAAAUCAUUCAUUAGUGUUAAUUCAAGAUAAAUAGUCUGGGGUCUAAAACAUGUUUCUCAUUCUGAGACCACAGUUUUGUAAAUGUAGUUUUGCCGUCUUUCUGAUAUUUCAGUUUAAUGAAUUAUUUCAUUUUGUGUAAGAUAGUAUAUGUUGUGGCUGUCAAAUAAUGUCAUGAAUUAUAGGUGCUUUAUUGGUAUGGCCAAUGCCUGUUAUGGUCCAAGUGUUCAAAUCAGGAAUAAUGAC